AUGGCUACUACAAUUCCUUUUAGUCCAACAUCACAUCACCAACCUCGCUCGAAAAGCUUGCCUUCGAAACCACACCCUGUCAUUCUACAAUGCAAUCAACACUUGGCUAGUUUAGAGUCUUUAGAUGAAAUCAACACUUCAUCGUUGUUCGGUGGCAAGCUAACCGAUCUUCAAGCCUUACAUGAUUGUGUGGAAAAUUUGGUUUUGUUACCUCUUACUCAACAAGUCCUUGUUCAAGCGCGUCAAGAGAAAUGGAUAGACGAGCUUCUGGACGGAUCUUUGAGACUCCUUGAUGUGUGUUCGGUAGCAAAGGAUUCUCUAAUUCAUACGAAGGAAUGCGCGCGCGAACUUCAGUCCAUUAUGAGAAGAAAAAGAGGAGGCGAAAUGGAGGUAACGGCCGAGGUGAGGAAAUUCUUGGCUUCUAGGAAGGUAGUGAAGAAAGCAAUCCUGAAAGCUUUGGAGAAUUUGAAAAGUAAUGUGAAGAAAGGUAAAGGAAAAUUAUUAUCUCCUAGCAAUAAUAAGGAUCAUGAAAAAGUGACUUUGGUUAGUUUGUUAAGAGAUGUGGAAGUGAUUACUCUUUCUAUGAUGGAGUCACUUUUGAUUUUCAUUUCUGGACCGGUGCAAUCGAAACCAAGUAAUUAUUGGUCGUUGGUUUCGAAGCUUAUGAUGCAGAACAAGAAGGUUUCUUCGACACAAGAAGGUGAUCAGAAUGAAUUUUCCAAUGUUGACGCUGCUUUGCAGUCUUUUGUGUUUAAUGUGACAAGAAAGUCAGAUAAUGUGAAUCAUUUGCAGAAUCAAUUGGAAAAUUUGGAGUCUGUUGUUCAAGAGUUUGGGGAAGCACUUGAAGUUCUUUUUAAACGGUUUAUUAGGAUUAGAGUUUCCCUUCUCAACAUCCUUAAUCACUAG